CAGAAGUGUGAUUACUAAUAGCAGAUAUGCCUGGAGGACAUUGUGCCGUGGACUAGUGUAAAUAUCCGAAGCUGUGGCGAAGGAGGCUGCACCACCGAGACGACUUCUGUCACAAUGACAGGAUCAGUCACGCCGCUCUGGUACGGAAAUCACUGUCAGCGUGCACUGCCAUGUAUGGGAAUUCUGUUUGCCUUGCUAUACAUUGGCUUUUUAUUAAGACAUGGGGAUUGGAUGUCGAAGUGGGAUGAGGUGAAGGCAGGCCCCUCACAACGGGAUUUGCUCGUCCUCAAUUCAAGAAAUCUAUUCGCUUGGUGGCAACACAAUGACUCGGCUUUCACAAUGGAAAAUGACUACUCAAAAGAAGGCCUUUGGGAAUCAGAAUCUUUGCCGUUCGGGGAAAAAACUCUGGUUAUUUACAGCGUACAUAAUGAUCCAUCGCAUGACACGACAUCCUACGAGAACCUGGACUUCUUUUUGAGGGUGGGCGUUGAUCAAGAAUCAGAACGCUUUGUGGAUUACCUUUUUCUAGUUCCAUCAGCAAUCUUUCACUCAUUUAACCUCACUAGCGGUCGAAAGGGAGACGACAUGCCAAUGUUUCCCUCUGCUGAUCACGUUCGCGUGAUGGAACGACCACACGACUGUCUAGGGACCAGCGGCCUGCGCAGUUUGAUCACCGACAACGAUUGGAGGGGCGGCAUCAAACAUGGCGCAAGAAUUUCAAGUAUACCAUUGAACAUGAACGCUCUUCUAAGCCAUUAUUCUCACUUUAUUCUUCUAGACUCGACAGUGCGGGGUCCUUUCCUACCGCGGUAUGUGCAUCGGGCGCGCUCAGGAGGGAGUCGAUGGGACUCUCCUCAAGCAGUCAAGUCUUGGGUAAGUGUACUCACAGACCGGGUGGGGCCUGAGGUCAAACUUGUCGGUCGAAGUGUCAGCUGUGAGCCCGAGCUGCACGUGCAGGCCCCCGUCUGGGCGACAGACCGCCAAGGUCUCAGGCUACUCCUGAAAAAUGGCGUUUUAGAUUGCGCCAUGGAGGAAGCCAGUGCCCGAGAGCGGCACGAGCUGGGUGCCACCCGGGCGGUCUUAAACGCUGGCUACCAUGUGGAUUGUCUCAUGCUUCGCUAUCAGGGAAUCAACCUUGCACGCCUCAGGGAGUACGGUCUGCCAUGCACUGCCCGGGACAAUCCCAGUUCUCCCUUACUUAACGACGGGCUACCUGUCAAUCCUCUAGAGGUUAUUUUCGUCUUGGCCAAUCGUCACUUUCUGGCAUCGGAUGCCCUUGUGCGCCGCUACACUGAUUACUUCCUAGGGCGUGUGGACCUCGAAGACAAUCAGGCUACGACGUUACGUGGUCAAGCAGCCUUAGAGGCCCGUCGCCAACGCUUAGCAGGCAUGGUAGCCAGCUGCGGAGCCACAUUGGACCGCAAACACUUGGCAACCAGAUGUCCUGGCUGUGUAUCGGGGAAGUCGCUCGAGGUGGAUCAGGAGAUUUUUAUCCAAAACCAUGUCAUGAAGGGUUACGAUUUCCAGUUUUCUGUCCCGACAACAAUCGCGAAUCAUCCUCCGCAAGCAUUUUGCGAGGCAUUUGCUCGCUAUCAGGCACCCGACUUGACCCCUUAAAUGCACACAAAUUCUGAAGCUAUCUUGUAUGUUACGAAACAUGUGUUCGGCUUCAGGUCAGGAGGUGGAAUUUUGGAGGUCUCAGUAUUUGAGUUAAAAAAAUUAUGGAAACGCCCUGAUUGCUUAAGCAAAUGAGUCAUAUGCUAGUUAUUAUGUACACAACGACAGAAAAGUGGUGAGACCAAAAUGUCAAGCGCUUCGAAAGUAUUACCAGUUUUACAGGAUUGACCUUCCCUUUGCCAAUCUGUCAAUUACGUCGACGUUCAUCGUCGCUACAAUGCCGUGUGAGAUAAGUUGAUCCAAAUAAAUGGAGAACCUUACAUAAGCCCCCCCUUCCUUGUGAACAAAGUCCAUUUCGGCACUACCUCUGGUGGCUUUCUCUUUCUUUUUCCCCCAGCAAGCGAAGGAGAAGAGAUCAGAAAUUGUUUCAAUUAGUCCUGUGA